AUGGAUCUAAUCGGUAAGAUUAAUCCUCCUUCAUCAAAAGGUCAUCAUUGGAUUAUUUUAGCUACCGAUUAUUUUACUAAGUGGGUUGAAGUCAAGGAAUAUGUUUUAGUAACUCAUAACACGGUGAUACAGUUUCUAGAGCGACAUAUCUUUCACCGAUUUGGCUUACCAAAAACAAUUGUUGCCGAUAAUGGAUCUGUGUUUCGAGCAAAUGAAGUAUUACAACUCGGCAUUGAUAUGCAAGUAAAAAUGUUAACUUCCACACCAUAUUAUGCUCAAGGGAAUGGCCAAGCAGAGGCUUCAAAUAAAGUUGUUAUUGAAAUUAUUAAGAAAAUAAUAAAAGACAAGCUGAGGCGUUGGCAUGAAACCCUUUCAGAAGCUUUGUGGGCUUAUAGAAAUUCGAAGCGGACAAGUACUGGGACAACUCCUUAUCGGCUUACAUUUGGUCAUGAUGCCGUGCUGCCAAUGGAGUUAAAUGUGAAAUCGGCAAGAGUAGCUUUACAACACAAUCUGAUACCUGCCGAUUACAAUGAAGCUAUACUUGCCGAGUUGGAAGACUUGGAUGAAGUUCAGAAAUUUGCUUUAGACCACCUUAUGGUCUAUAAAGCAAAGGUAAUGAAGGCUUAUAAUAAAAGGGUGAAGUUCAAGUCAUUUACAGAGGGUGACAUGGUUUGGCAAACAAUUCCUCCACCUGGAAAGAUAGAUAGAACUUAUGGCAAAUGGUCACCUACUUGGAAGGGACCAUAUAUAGUCCAUCAAGUAUUACAUGGAGGUACUUAUAAAUUGAAAGAUUUGGAUGGUGAGGUGCAUGAAAGGCCAAUAAAUGGAAGAUAUCUGAAAAAAUAUCAACCCACUAUUUUUGAACUUAUGGAGGACAAGAAAGCCUCUAAUAAGUCAAAUAUAGAGGGUCAGUGUUUAGUUUAA